CAAAGAGCAAAGAGCAGGAAAUUCUUAUCCCACUCUUUCAAUCACGGAUUCCGCUACCUAGCUGUAGCUGGCUACUAGUACUUGGGUAGUUUAUCUUUUCUUUUGUUCUCUUUCCCUUUCCAAUGCUUUCCACUGUCCAUCUAAUAAUAAUAAUAUAUACCAAUGAAAACUAAGGCUUCCCCCAUGAUCAAAGUUCCUAUUCUCCGGUAAAGAUGAUCACCAAACCCCAAGCAAUCGUCCUUCUUGUUUUUCGCAUUCUUUUUCCGGUCAUCCUCGCAUCAGCCGGUUGCGAUCAUUCUUGUGGCGGCUCCAGAAAAUUUCCGUUUCCUUUCGGAUUUUCGGCCGGCUGCCCAAUCCGACUGAACUGCACGGCGAACGGCGCCGCCGCCGUCGGUGAAUUCACGGUCCAGAGAGUGACCUCCGACAGCAUACGGAUCAACCUUCCGGCUAAAUGCGGCCGGCCGAUCCUUACCGCCGGCCAACUCUUCGGCCCGAACUACGCCCCAACCACGUUUAAUGGAAUUCUGCUUCAGAACUGCAGCUCAGAGAUCGCCGGAUGCUUCAUUCCAUCCACGAUGGUGCAAACGAAUUUCCAAAUGCACGACUGCGAUCCGAAGAACAAUAAAACGAACGCUAUUAACUGUUAUUCGCAGCCAGACGUAGAGAGAGAUUUCAUCGACUACCGGAACUUGACGAGCAGUGGCUGCCAGUCGCUGUUCUCGGCGAUCUCCGUGAAUGAGUACUUUGGGAACAACAAUUCGGCGGUGUCGUUGGACGUUCAGCUGGUGAAGCUCGGGUGGUGGCUUGAAGGGAAUUGCACGUGUUCAGAGAACGCGAAUUGCACCAAGAUUAAGUCUCCGGUGAACAGGCGGCGAGCCCAUCGUUGCCAGUGCCUGGAAGGGUUUGUCGGAGACGGGUUUCAACAUGGUUUGGGCUGCCGGAAAGCGCCUUCAACGUGCGGCCCUGCUCGGUACGUGUCCGGCAGAUGUGGUGGUGCUGCUCAAUUCGGUAUUUUAGUUGGAGGCGUUGCUGCGGGGGCUGCUCUGAUGGUCGGCGUGGGGCUAAUAUGCUGUUUGGUUCGAAGGCACUCCAGACAGAAGCUUCAGAAGAGAACAACUCGGCAGUUAUCUGAAGCCACAGGCAUCGCCAUUCCCAUUUACCCCUACAAAGAAAUCGAGAAGGCCACCGACUUCUUCUCCCCAAAACAGCUCCUCGGAAGCGGUGCUUACGGCCAUGUCUACGUCGGAAAACUUCACAACGACGAGUGGGCCGCCAUCAAACGCAUCAAACACGGUGACUUCGGCAGCGUCCAGCAAGUCGUCAACGAGAUCAAGCUCAUCUCCUCCGUCAGCCACCCCAACCUCGUUCGCCUCCUAGGCUGCUCCAUUGACAACGCCGAACAAAUCCUCGUCUACGAGUUCAUGCCCAAUGGGACGCUCUCGCAGCAUUUGCACGGCGAAAGGACCCACGACCACGGGCUUCCGUGGCCGGUUCGCCUCGCCAUCGCCACCGAUACAGCGCAAGCCAUCGCCUACCUCCACUCUGCCAUGAAUCCUCCCAUCUUUCACCGAGACAUAAAGUCCAGCAACAUACUCCUAGACUACGACUUCAAGUCCAAAGUUGCUGAUUUUGGCCUUUCUAGGCUUGGAAUGACUGAAUCUUCUCACAUCUCCACUGCCCCACAAGGGACUCCUGGCUAUCUUGAUCCUCAGUACCAUCAAAAUUUCUAUUUGUCCGACAAAAGCGACGUGUACAGCUUUGGAGUGGUUCUUGUGGAGAUCAUAACGGCGUUGAAGGCUGUGGACUUUAGUCGGCCCCAGAAUGAGCUCAAUCUGGCGGCUCUUGCCAUCGACCGAAUUGGGAAAGGCCGGCUUGAUGAGAUAAUUGAUCCGAGGCUCAAGUCAGAGAGGAAUGAACAGACACUUUCGUUGGUGCACAAGGUGGCCGAGCUAGCAUUCAGAUGCCUUGCGUAUGACAAAGAUAUGAGGCCUUCAAUGAAGGAUGUUGCAGCAGAACUAGAGCAAAUCCGACUCCGUCGAUCGCCGUCGUUGGAACGGAACCUCACGGCUUCAUCUGAUGCGUCUUCAUCCUCUUGUUCUUGGACAUCAAGUGGAAAACCAUUGAAGGUGAUGUUUGAAAGGCCUCAAUUGGAUUGUGCAACGGAGAGGGAGAAGGACGAUUCCCCUGUUUCUGUGCAGGACCUUUGGCUGAGUGAACAAAGCUCGCCCUCAUCAAACAGUUUGCUCGGCCAUGCAGUUCAGUGAUCUGAAGCUGCUCCAACUUUGGGUUGGGUUGGGUUGGGUGAUUAGGCUUUGAAAUGUCAGGUGGUACGCAUUCCGGGGUAAAAACAGAGAUUUUGUUUUCUUCUUAUCUUCAUUAGAGUACCAACUGUUCUAUUUAUUGUGUGGAAUUGAAAUUGUACAGAAA